CAACAUCUCAAACAGCAACUAAUUCAAUCCUGCAACGCAAGUCUCCGGUCAGGCAUUUUUAUUUUUACCUAACCAACACCAGCAAGGACCUUACCAACUCACCCACACUGACAUUCUCUUUGAACUGGGACUUAACUUUUUCUGACUCACAAAGCGGCGGCGGAGGCGACAGCAUGUCAGUGUCACUGUGGUGCCUGGAGGAAGAGCAGACUCCAGCGGGCCAGACUCCAGCAGUCCUGCGGGCCCCGUGGGACCCCCACGCCUCGGGCCAGAGGGUGAUCCAGAGGCUGCUGCAGGCGGAGACCAGGUACCUGCCCUCAGCCCUCUAUACCGCACUCAUCCAGAGAGAGCCUGAGCGCAGAGAGGAGCUCACCAAAUGGGCCAUGGAGGUUUGCUCUGAGUGUGGCUGUGAUGAGGCCGUGUUCCCUCUCUCCGUCUCUCUACUGGACCUCUUCCUGUCCGCUUCUCUGGCCCUGCCUGUCUCACCCUUCUGUCUGACGGCCACCUGCGUUCUGCUAGCCUCCAAACUGACCGAAAGUGACACGGUCACGGCCGACGCACUCUGUGCCUCUGCGGAGUACGAGUUCAUGCCCUCGCACUUGCGGGAGAUGGAACGUAUUGUCCUGGCAACACUCAGGUGGGACAUCGCUGCGGUAACCCCUCAGGACUUCAUGCCACACUUCCUCUCCUCACUUGGUGAGCAGAGAGAUGGGGCCCCGGAUUCAGGGGAUUUUCUGACCACACUGCGGCGCCACAGCGACACACUGGUUGCCAUGUGUGUGUGUGACUCCCGUUUCUUGGGAAGCCCUCCCUCACUGGUGGCCGCGGCUGCUGUGAACUCUGCCCUCAGAGGUCUGACCACAGAGAGUCCAGACCAGCUUGGUUACAUGGCCGCAACACUAGCUGCACUUUGUCAGACUGACUUGGCAGUAUUGCAGUACUACAGUGAUGUGAUAGAGGGCGCUCUCCAAGAGCGCCUGCGAAACCGUGGCCGUCGGGGAGAGACAAAAGGUGAAGAGGACGAAGAGGUCGAGGACGAAAGAGCAAGCACCCCGACAGACCUGCGAGAGAUCGAUUUUUAAUCCGGGAAGACUCAUCAAGCAGCAGAAAAAUAUGCGUAUCCAUCUCCACGUCCACAUCUUUAAUGAUCAGUGAAACUGAUGUAAAUUUAAAUUAACGUCACAUUUGGACUGCUAGCCUCAAUGUUGACUUGUCCUGUUAUAAUUGUUAUUUAUGUGCUUAUAAUUUAUUACAUUUUAUUCGUUUGAGUGUUUUCUUUGUGCCAUAUUUA